UCUCGCUCUCCAAACGCAUCAGGUCAUAUCAAACCCUCCUCUUUCCAGCUAAGCCCUGCAUGCCCGCUCCCUUUACCUGACGUCAUGAGCACAUCAAGUAGGCGUUCUUACAAGGUCCGGUUCGCAAGCGGCAGCAAGUACCAAAAGGUCAUCGAAGCUCAAGAUCCUUCGCCAGCCGCUCACUCGUUGUCUUCGUUAACCGUCUCCGCCACGUCUUUUCCCCGCAAUGACUUGAAAACUCAGCACACUAAGAGCCGCUAUGGGUGCCUGGAAUGCCGAGUCAGGCGUGUCAAAUGUGAUGAGACCUUUCCGGUGUGUCUCCGGUGCCAACGUCGUGGCUCUGUUUGUAUGGCCAGUAACCGCCCAGCGCAAUGGCAGAUUGAGGUGCCCUGGUUAUCCAAUAAGACAGUUUUCGACUCAUGGCCCAGUGAUAGUCUUCCUAACAAGAGGUUGGUUCAACACUGGGUCGAGCAGGCCAGCCAGAUGCUGUGUAUUGAGCGCAAUAAUAACCCACUAGCCCUGCCCCUUCUGCCAUAUUUGGCCUCAAGUCCCUCGCUUCUACAUGCAAUACAAAGCAUCAGCGCCGGUCACGAGGUCUUUUUCAGCAGAAAAGCUCUCGCUGUCUGUCUCCAAGAGCGUGGCCAUGCUAUAAGGUUCCUUCGCGAGGGCCUGCAGAAUUCUGGAACCAUAUCACCCCUUUCUGUACUUACCGUCUUCCUUCUUGGAGUAUCCUCCUCGUGGAUCGAGCCCCAGCCCGCCUCGUGGGGCAAAGAACACCUAGACGGCGCACGCACACUCAUGAAGUUCAUCCUUGUCGAUAAAAAGGCUCGACAAGAUUCCAUCACUCAGCUCUUAUCCGGUUGGUACCUCUGGUGGGACAUGACAUGCGCGUUUCUUGAUGACACGGGUGACUCUCCCGACCAAUCUGACUUGCAAAAUAUACUCUUCCUUGAGCAGCAUCAUCGCUCUUUCCAUCCAAUAGUAGGCUUCUCCUUCGAGCUCUAUGCCAUAGUAGCCGAUAUUGGUCGGUACUGCAAGCGGGUUUAUGAGCAAGGCCUGGUAGAUUCCACUUUUGAUGAUAAGGAAGCCGAGCAGCGACUGCUGGCAUGGUCGUCGAACCGCGGGGAGAAGCAUAUCCAGAACCUCAGCAAUGCCUAUCGGAACCAUGGGCUGCUGAUGCUAUAUCAAACGCGCUGCCAAACACGUCUUCGAUUCCAAGAUCUUGGGCCACUUUCAUCAUCAAUCGCUCAUGGCGAGCCUGACUCUGAUAAGAGGCAAGAGGAAUCUCCAUCUAACAUCCUAUCUCUUGCUUUAGAAGCAAUAGAAAACCUGCUGGAGAUCCCGCUCACUGAGCCUUGCGCCAACUUUCAAUCUCUGCCUCUCCUCAGCGCUGCAGCCGAGCUCACCUCUCAUGACGAUGGUUGGAGGAGUAAAGUCAUCUCGCAAUUUAAGAUGCUCUACUCCAUGAAUCGGGUCCCAGUCCAGAUUUGGUCUAUCCAACUACUGCAAGAAAUCUGGUCCUUGAAAGAUAGUGGUGUGGGCGUGUCUUGGUUGGAACUAAGUCUCGCAAAAGGUUGGAAGCUGUGCUUUUCCUAACUCAUUUCCCUUCUGCACAGACAGGUCUAUUACGCCCAUAGGGCCCUAAGAACUAAAAAUAUAUACAUUUUACUAGCUCUCGACUUGGUCUCGCCAAGCCUACUAUUUGCGAGGACUUACUAUCAGGGCAUGCGUCGAGCAAGUGCUACUUUACGGCGCCGAGGCUUGGUAUAAGGGCGUAACCAGCCUCGAUAGAGUCAGCCCACUAAAGGCCUACUAGCGAGUAACCAGUAUCUUAUAUAGAGAAUAAAUAAAGCUUUAAAC